CGUGACAAGCCGUCAAUUUUGAUGCUACGUGAUUUGAUUGUAGGUUAUAAUUUUGCCGCUGAUAUUUAUUAAACGUAUUUAUCAUUGUAAAUUAUUUUAUUUUAGCAAACAAUACAGAAUAUACGACUUUGGUAAUCUCAAUAAAUUAAACAUGCUAUUUUAUUCCUUCUUCAAGUCUUUAAUCGGAAAGGACGUGGUCGUUGAAUUAAAAAAUGACCUAAGUAUUUGUGGCACGUUAUAUUCUGUCGAUCAGUAUUUGAAUAUAAAACUGGCAGAUAUUAGUGUAACAGAUUCAGAGAAGUAUCCUCACAUGUUAUCAGUAAAAAAUUGCUUUAUCAGAGGAUCUGUGGUACGAUAUGUACAACUUCCAGUAGAUGAAGUUGACAUUCAUCUUUUAACCGAAGCAGCGCGCAGAGAAGCAAUGAAUGCUCAAACAAGAUAGUUUAUAAUUAUAUUAAAUGUAUUCUUGAUAUCAAUAAUCUCCUUUUUCUUUUUUGUUAUUGUAUACAUCCUACAUUUGAUGUAAAAAUAAAAAUAAUAUAUCUAAGUUUUGCAUAAUUUACAAGUUUUCUGGAAAAUACAAUGAUGUAUUAAUGCAUAAAUCUUUAUUCCAAAAUAAUAGAUUUGUAACAAAAUUA